AUGUCGCCGUCCUCCUCCUCAACUCCUCCUCGCCGGACUCCAUCGCCGCAGUCGUCUCCGUCAACGCAGGCCGUCCCCGUCCUCCUCCUCGAGCACCGCUGCCACUAUCCCUACGACUCUGUGGUGAGGCCCCCGGCCUCUUCCUCUCUCCCCGUCCCAGUCGUCGCGGUCGCCGCUCUCCGCACGCGCAUGUGCUCAUGGCCUUGGCCUCCUCUCCGCCCGUUCUCUGUCGCCGGCGCCGUCCGCCGCGCGCCGACCGCGUUCGACCCAGCGCCUCGCCGUGGUCCCCUGAGCCCUCGCUCCGCUGCCAUCCACUGCCGCGCCCGACCUCAUCCGCGCCCGCCUGCUCGUGUGCUUGCCGUAGCCACGGUCGAGGCCCUGCUCCAGCCGCGCACCUCACCUCACCGCCUCUCCGUGGCCGCGCCCUGUCGCGGUUCCCCACACCCCCGCGCGCGCCUUGCUCCGCUCCGCCUAGAGCUCCCGUUGAGCUCCGGCCGGCCCCGAGCCACGCGCAGCUUGCCGCUCCUGCUGUGGCCGCCGGCGCCCGCCACUCCCUCUGGCCGUUGUUGCCGCGCCGCCCCGCCUCCACCGCUGCUCGUCGCCGCCUCCCUGCUACAAGCCCCGCACCGCUCGCCGUUCGGGCGAAACCCGCACGCCCGCAACCGCCGCGCCCGUUGGCCGCCCCGAUUGGCCAGAUGGGUCACAGACACGUGGGGCCCGCCCCUGGAACACACCCCCAAGGAUGGAGGAGGAGGAGGAGGAGCAGGAAAUCUGAAGUGCAAGCGCAAAGGCCGCCGUAAUAAUGGCACCGACAACGGUAACACGAGCAACAGCGGCACCGAUAAUGGUAACACUGGUAAUAGCGAGGAAGACAACGGCGACGACGGCAACCAUAACAGCGAUGACAAGGCUAACAGGGACGAUGGCGACGACCCCGAGGAUGGAGAUUACAACCCUGAUCCCGAUUAG